GUGCCGCUCCCCGGGUGGGGGCCGUUCAUGGCGGUUCCGGGCGCUCCGGCCCUUUUCCCCGUUGCGGCGCCUCGUCCGCCCGGAGCGGAGGCGGAGGAGGUUGAGGACGGCUGAGCCCCCGGGAAGGCGCCCGGCCCCCAACCCGGCAGUCGCCGCUGGGAAAUGACCGAGUACAAACUGGUGGUGGUUGGAGCCGGCGGUGUGGGGAAAAGCGCCCUGACCAUCCAGCUCAUCCAGAACCACUUCGUCGACGAAUAUGACCCCACCAUCGAGGAUUCAUACCGAAAGCAAGUAGUUAUUGACGGUGAAACCUGUUUGUUAGACAUACUGGACACAGCCGGACAAGAAGAAUAUAGUGCCAUGAGAGACCAGUACAUGAGGACGGGGGAAGGUUUCCUCUGUGUAUUUGCCAUAAAUAAUAGCAAAUCAUUUGCUGAUAUUAACCUCUACAGGGAACAGAUCAAGCGGGUGAAAGAUUCAGACGAUGUACCUAUGGUGUUGGUGGGAAACAAAUGCGAUCUGCCAACGAGGACAGUUGACACGAAACAGGCUCAUGAACUCGCCAAGAGCUAUGGAAUUCCCUUCAUUGAAACCUCUGCUAAAACCAGACAGGGUGUCGAAGAUGCCUUUUAUACAUUGGUGAGAGAGAUAAGACAGUACCGAAUGAAAAAACUCAACAGCAGUGAUGACGGGACUCAAGGUUGUAUGGGACUACCAUGUGCAGUGAUGUAACAAGCUGCACUGACCCCCUGGUUCUGAUAUCCCUGGAGGAAAAGCAUUAACACUGCCAUCUUUGAACUCACCACGAAGCUCCUGCCUCUGCCCCACCUCUAAGUUGAUCAGUACAAUAUUCUUUCGUCUGUUCUCCACUUGAGAACUUCUGAACAACUACCUCCUUACUCGGUUGUCUGACCAGAGAAAUGCGCCUAUCAUUACUCACCAGUAUUUCUCUUUCCCUGGAAUAUUCCUCUCUAUGUUUUUCAAAUGGGAAGAAAGUCAUGCUCUGAAACAGAGAAGCAAACUGUAGAAAGGAAAUACGGUUGAAAAGCAACACGGUCGAGAAACAGUUGCUAGUGAUUUUUUGUGUGUGUGCUGCACUUCACCUGUGUUGAUAUUUUGCAAAAUGAUAUCGGUUUUGCAGAGAACAUUGCUGACAUCAGUUUUGUUUGUAUGUUAACCUUAUCUGCCACCUAUCCUAAACUGGCAUCUACUCUGUAUGGUGUGUGGAACCAGAUACAACAGCAUAUGCCCUAACCUCAGUUCGAUCUGUUGCCAAUAUUGCCCUGUUUUUGCAUCCACCUUAGUUCUUCUCAAUCCUUAUGUUAAAGCGGAGACAUCUUUGCUAAUGAAGUGCCUUUGUCCUCAAAGGGAUUUGUUAAACUUCCCCGUUUUGUCCAAGGAAAAGCACUGAAAGGGGCAGAAACCAUUAGGGUUGGUAUCAGAGACCAGUCCUUGUUUAGGAAACACAAGAUCGCUUAGGGUCUUGUGUAGAAGCUCAUGUGAUAUCUAAGACCUUCAUCUUAGAGACAGCUGUUCUGGGAUCUCCUGGAAUAUCAUAAAACUGGAAAGACGAUUUGAUUUCUCUUCACUUUCACCCAUCCUCCAAUUUUUUCUGCUGACUCCUGCUUUCAAGAUAGGCAUACCCUUUACACUUCUAUUUCCUUUCACUUUAUCACUGUUCACAGGGCUCUUCUGAUUUUUUGGUAUUUUGGGGUGGUUUUUUUUUUUUUAAGAGAACUUAGAAUUCGAAGAUCAAGUGUUGGGAUUGUGGCUCCACAAUUAAAUAUUCUGAUUUUGGGCCACACCAGAGAGAGCUGUACGAUCAUGACUGUAUGAACAUUACCGUAAUUGGCAGGAGGUUUUUGCAGGAACUCUUAAACUUCAAAUUCAUAACGUGAACAGGGAAACAAAUCAGUAGCUAGAUAAUUUUUUGUUCCCUUGCCAACUUCCCUUGUCUCUACCUUUUAGUGACAUGAAUUUUUUGCCCCUUGGAAGUCCUUCAAAUUCAUACCCUUAUCUGUGAAAUUCUUGUGAAACAGAGAGAGCCCUGCAAUAAAAUAUAAUGCAGAAAAUCAAACUGAUUGCAGGUUGGUUUGAAACUGGAAAUGGUCCUUGGGGAAAAAAAAUUGCUUGAUAGGGAAGAAAACAGAAAGGAGUGCAAUUAAAUUGUCUGUGAAUCAGGUGCCAGGGGAUAUGAGUUAAGAUUUUUUCUUUUUUUGAGUUGCUUAUCUAGGAGUAUCCUUGGAUGAAGAAAUGACAGAGUUUGGCCUUGUAGCCUCUGUGUUCAAAAAUUUGAAUUCAUUAAAGAUUAAUCUUCCAACAUGAGUCUUCUCCCUUCCAAACGAACCCAUCAUUAACCUGCAAGAAAACUGAGUGCAUAUGGAGGACUUGGCCAGAAAAGACGCCUUUGCCCCAAGUUUAAAAGAGUCCUGAUAGUGAAACUGCAUUGAAGGGGGCACCAUCAAAAGUCUGUCUAGUGUCUGCUGUGUGCGGAGCAUGGAACUAGGCUCGGUAGAAGUAAAAAGUAAGAAGCGGUCUGUGCUGGAGAGGAGUUGAAAAGCUAGUGAGAUUUUCGGUUGGUAAUAACUAGUUUCUUCCUUUCUAGGUUUUAACAAAUUAAUUUUCUAAAAGCUCUUCAUUGCAAGUGAGGAAAGAAACCCACACUCACUCUACUCACAACUGCCUUUCUAGAAAGACUGUGGAAAGAGUAUCUAGGGCUGCCCUUCUCCAUUCAGAUCUUAACCUUCUAGAUUAACACAGUAGGAGCACAAACUUUCCCAAGUAAGUGUCAGCAUCAUCAGGGUUUCCUCAAAAUCAGGGUAGGAAAUGUCCUCAGAAUCCCUUCGCAAGCUUAGGCCCGGGUUCUGACUUGGGGGAAUGUGAGAAACUAACAUUUUAAGACGAGGAGCUAGGAAGAUGUGUAGUUCACAUUUACAAAAUGUGCUUUUAUACUAUGUGUUUUGCUGAGACCUGCCCCUUGGUUGGUUGUUAACUGGAAUUCUAAAAUCAGAAUUAAAUGUUCUGCCAAACAUAUAAUAAAUGUAUUCCUUUACAGUUGGCAUUUGCUGUUUAAAGGUUGCGAGUUCAAGAGUGUGAAGAUUGAAUAUCAUUUGGCUGAGGCUUCAGAAUCUAAAGAGUUUGCAAGCGCAUCUGAUAAAGUUACUCUGUGCUCGUCAUCUUAUUACAGAUCGUUUCCUGUUAUUAAAAUGCUGGUGAUAAUUCCACCCUUAA